AUGCUCUCUGUUCUGCGAUCGAUCUGGCACAGAAAACAAAUCAUGAAUCCUCUCAUCGCCGUGGUCGGUGCUACAGGCACAGGCAAGUCGAAGCUUGCAGUAGACUUGGCUUCUCGAUUCAAUGGUGAAAUUAUCAAUGGCGAUGCUAUGCAGAUGUACCGCGGUCUGCCAAUCAUCACAAACCAGAUCCCGACUGAUGAGCGAAACGACAUCCCCCACCACCUUCUCAGUUGCAUCGACCUAGACACCGAGGCUUGGCGUAUCGGGCUCUUCAAGCGAGAAGCUUUACGAGUCAUUGAAGACAUCAGAGCCCGUGGCAAGGUUCCUAUUCUUGUCGGGGGAACACAUUAUUAUACCCAAGCGGUGCUGUUCAAAGACCAGCUGGUGGGCGAAGGGGUGGAUGACGAAGGCGAGCGGGAACAGCUCACGGAAUUCAGCUCAACCUCGAAGAAAUGGCCAAUUCUGGACUCACCGCCAGAGAUUCUUUUGGAGAAACUGCGCGAGGUGGAUCCUGUCAUGGCUGCACGGUGGCAUCCGAGAGAUGGACGGAAAAUCCGACGGUCUUUGGAGAUCUAUUUUCAGACAGGACGGCCGGCGUCGGAGAUUUAUAAAGAACAGUUCUCCCAAAAAAGAAAGGCAAUGGAUCAGGAGGAGGGACUAUUGCGGUUCGAGAACACGUUGGUGUUCUGGGUACAUGCCGAAAAGGAAAUCCUCAAUGCGCGCCUGGAUGCCCGUGUUGAUGACAUGGUCAAGCAGGGCUUGAUGACCGAGGCGCACAAAAUGUCGGAUUACUUGCAGGAAAAGGCUUCGCAGGGGAUUGAAGUCGAUCAAACGCGGGGUGUCUGGGUGUCUAUCGGAUUCAAAGAACUGGCCCCGUACUUCAAGGCUCUCCGGGAAGGGGAAGCAAGCGAGAAAGAGAUUGAAGACCUCAAGCUCCACUCUCUUGAAUUGAUUCGGAUCGCAACCCGGCAGUACGGAACAUCGCAAGUCAAAUGGAUCCGCAACAAACUCUGGCGCGCACUCACGGAAGCCGGAGAGACCCGUCGUCUUUACCUUCUAGACAGUUCCAAUGUCAGCGACUGGAGCAAGAACAUCACCAAGCCAUCUGAACAGAUCGUACAGCAAAUGCUACAAAAUGAGCCGACUCCGGAUCCCAAAACGCUAUCUGAAUUGGCGGCGACGGAGUUCGGUGCGAAGGAAGCCCAAGCCCAAAAGCGUGUGCAGACAGAUCCGAUCGGGAAAUGCUAUACGUGUGACGUCUGUCAGAAAACCAUGGCGACCGAGGACCAGUGGCAUAUCCACCUGAACAGUCAUCAACAUAAAAGGGGAUUGAAGUCUGCGGUUAAGAGGGCACAGCGCGACGAAUAUUUCCGACAGAAGGCCUUGGAAGCGGAGGGGAGUCAGGUUCCUGGGGCUGAAUCUGGGCCCAGCUCAUGA